AUGAAGACAGCCGUCAUCGCCUUCGGACUGCUUGCCGUCGUUGCUGCUUUCUCCACCGAACGCCCGCACAGGUCGUGGUCCGGAAGGACCGGAUCUUUCGGAAACUUUGGAGGCCAGCAGAACGGUCAAAAUGGACAGAACGGACCCUUCGGAGGCCAGGGAGGCCAGCAAAAUGGACAGUUCGGAGGCCAGAACAGCCAGAACGGCUUCGGAGGCCAGCAGAACGGCCAGAAUGGACAGUUCGGCGGCCAGGGCCAGAACCAGAAUGGCCAGCAGAACGGCGGAUUCGGCGGUUUCGGACAACAGGGUCGGCAGGGUCAGCAGGGCCAGCAGAACGGCAAUGGAAUGUUUGGCGGACAGGGAGACUUCCCCGGUGGGCUUGGAGGCCAGAACGGACAGCAGAAUGGCCAAUUUGGAGGACAAGGAGGCUUCACGGCUCCGUUCGGCAACCAGAACGGCCAGCAGAACGGACAGUUCGGAGGACAGGGACAGCAAGGCCAACAUGGCCAUCAGGGUCAGCAGGACGGAAACGGGUUCGGAGGACAAAGCAACAACGGCGUAUUCGGAGGACAGCAACAGGGCCAACAGGGCCAGCAGCAGGGCUUCAACGGCCAGACGUUCGGCCAG